UAUAAAUCUCCUUGAAUCAUAGCCAUUUCUAUGAAAAUGGCGGUCCAACGUUCCACUUUAAUGUGUCUACUUCUAUUAUCAAUGGUAGCUAUCUCAUCUGCUAGUGAAUAUCGUACCUAUAGUCCAUCACCCGAGUCACCCGAAUACACACCAUCUCCUGUUUACAGUCCACCUUCAGUUUACGAGUCUCCAAAAUAUGAAAAGUCCCAGGAUUAUAAAUCACCUGAAUAUACACCAUCUCCACCAUAUAAGUCUUCAGAAUACAAGUCACCUGAAUACGUAGCAUCUCCACCAUAUAAGUCACCAAAAUACACAUCAUCUCCACCAUAUGAGUCACCAAAAUACAACUCACCGAAAUACACACCUUCUCCAGAAUAUAAGUCACCUGAAUACAAACCAUCUCCAACGUAUAAGUCACCUGAAUACAAGUCACCAGAGUAUACACCAUCCCCUACAUAUAAGUCACCGGAGUACACACCAUCUCCUAAGUAUAAGUCGCCUGAAUACAAAUCAUCUCCAACAUAUAAAUCACCUGAAUACAAGUCACCAGAGUAUACACCAUCCCCUACAUAUAAGUCACCGGAGUACACACCAUCUCCUAAAUAUAAGUCGCCUGAAUACAAACCAUCUCCAACAUAUAAAUCACCUGAAUACAAGUCACCAAAGUAUACACCAUCCCCCACAUAUAAGUCACCAGAAUACAAGUCACCAGAAUACACCUCUUCUCCACCAUACGAGUCACCAAAAUACAAGUCGCCAAAAUACACGCCAUCUCCACUGUAUGAGUCUCCAAAAUACAAUUCCCCAGAAUAUAAGUCACCAAAAUAUACACCAUCUCCACUAUACAAGUCACCUGAAUACAACUCAUCUCCAACAUACAAAUCACCAGAAUACACAUCAUCUCCACCAUAUGAGUCACCAAAAUAUAAAUCACCAGAAUAUAGGUCCCCAAUUUAUAGCCCAUACCCAGUGUACAAGUCUCCAGAGUACAAAACUCCAACAUAUAGCCGAUAUCCAGUGUACAAGUCCCCACAAUAUACGCCUUGUGCAUCAUACAUAUCUCCAGAAUACAUCUCGUCUGAAGUCUAUGAGCCUUUAAAACCACCCACCUAUGUCUAUGCCUCUACUCCAAAAUAUAAUUCUCCAUUAUACCCAUCAUCUAAUUAUAAAUCACCUGUCUAUAAUCCGACUCCAGUUUACAAAUCUCCAUCGUACCACUCAACACCGGUUCACAAUCCGUCCCCAAUUUACAAAACUCCUUCUCCAGUUUAUAGUCCAACACCUGUCUAUAAAUCCCCAACUUAUAGUCCUUCACCAAUUUACAAAUCUCCCGUUUACAAGUCACCAUCUUACUCUCCUUCUCCAAAGUAUGUUCCAUCACCCGCCUACAAAUCUCCAAUUUAUAGUCCUCAAUUCUAUAAGUCCCCGAUUUACAACCCAUCUCCGGCGUACAAGUCCCCUAAAUACAAAACUCCGACUUAUAGCCCAUAUCCAGUGUACGAGUCCCCACAAUAUGCCCCAUGUGCACCAUACAUAUCCCCAGACUAUAACUCAUCUAACGCGUAUGAGCCUCUGAAACCACCUACCUAUGUUUACGUCUCUUCUCCAAAAUAUGAUUCUCCUUCAUAUUCAUCGCCCAUUAAUAACCAGUCUCCAAUGUACAAAUCUCCAACUUAUAGUCCAUCAUCUGUUUACAAAUCUCCAGAUUAUAGCUCCUCACCAAUUUACAAGUCCCCAACUUACAAGUCACCAUCUUACUCUUCUUCUCUAGAGUAUGUUCCAUCACCAGCCUACAAAUCUCCAGCUUAUAAACCUACACCAGUCUACAAAUCCCCUAGUUACAACCCAUCCCCAAUGUACAAAUCUCCAGAAUAUAAAUCUCCUUCUUAUAGCUCUCCAAUUGUUUAUCAGUCGCCAUCAUACCCAUCACAAGAGUAUGUUCCAUCACCGACAUACAAUCCUCUAAAACAGAAUCCAUCAAUUGACUACAAAUCUCCAACCUACAAACCUUCACCAAUCCAUAACUCUCCUGUAUACAUGUCUCCGUCGUACACCCUAUCUCCGGAGCAUGCUCCAUUAUCUGAUUAUAAGUCUCCUAUCUAUAUACCAUCACCGGUUUAUAAAUCUCCUGAUUAUGUCCCAUCACCAACUUACAAAUCCCCCAGUUAUAGUCCAUCUCCAGUUCCAUCACCAGAGUAUGUUGAAUCACCAAAAUAUUAAUAUUCAGUGUACGCAAUACAACCAACUUACUAAUCACUUUUAUUUUCUCUGUUUAUUUACAUCGGAUUUUCGUUUUUUUCUAAUUACUACUGGUUACUUUACUAGCAUGGCUGUAUUAUGACUAUGCAU